CUCGGACCUCCCGAUAUCUCGACUCACUGAACAAGGUGAGAAAAUGAGCAUUUGCCCCUAGCGUCUAUUGAUUUCUGUGUCUGAGGCGCUUUUUCCUUUGGACAGGGCUGGAAAGGGGAGGCUUCAAAAAGAUGACCGAUAUCCAAGCUCAAAGCAUCCCCAUGGCACUGAAACGCCGCGACGUCCUUGGUGCCGCUCGUACAGGGAGCGGGAAGACUCUUGCGUUUCUCAUUCCGAUGCUUGAAGCCCUAUAUCGCGCCAAAUGGGGCCCUCAGGAUAAUCUCGGAGCUCUUAUCAUGUCCCCCACCCGCGAGCUCGCAAUACAGAUCUUUGAUGUUCUGAAGUCCAUUGGGCGUUUUCACCCUUACUCUGCUGGCCUAGUCAUUGGCGGGAAGAACGUGAGUGAGGAAGCCGUGCGGUUAUCCCGGAUGAAUAUUCUGGUUGCGACGCCCGGCAGACUGUUGCAGCACAUGGAUGAAACCGCGGGAUUCGAAACGAGCAAUCUUCAAAUUCUCAUCCUGGAUGAAGCCGACCGGAUACUUGAUUUGGGCUUUUCCAAAGCUCUGAACGCUAUUAUUUCCCAUCUCCCUAAAUCACGACAGACACUCCUCUUCUCCGCCACUCAAACCGAUUCCGUAAAGGACCUUGCCCGAUUGAGUCUACGAGAUCCCGUCACCAUCACUGUGAGGGAAGAACAGGCCCUCAAUAUUUAUACUCCUAAAAACUUGGCGCAACACUACCUCGUUUGCCCACUGGACAAAAAACUUGAUAUUCUUUUCUCCUUCAUUAGGACUCACCUCCAAGUGAAGGCAUUAGUUUUCUUCUCUGCUUGUAAACAGGUCAGGUACAUAUACGAGACGUUUUGCAAGCUACGUCCAGGGACAUCAUUAUUGAGUCUCCACGGGAAUCAGAAGCAAACCAAACGGUGGGAUGAGUAUCAGCGAUUUGUCUCUGUGAAACACGCCUAUCUUUUCGCUACGGACGUCGCAGCGCGAGGUCUCGACUUCCCUGCAGUGGACUGGGUCAUACAGGUCGAUUGCCCUGAGGAUGCUGAAACAUACAUACAUCGUGUUGGCCGCACGGCGCGGUACAAAAAUAAGGGCCAAGGUCUCUUAUUUUUGUUACCUAGCGAAGAGGAAGGCAUGUUGAAGGCUUUGAAGAAAAAGGAUAUUACACCAGAAAAGAUUAUACCAAGGGAAAGCAAAACAAUGAGUAUCAAAGACAAACUGCAAAUAUUUGCGUUUGAAAGCCACGAACUCAAGUAUUUGGGGCAAAAGGCAUUUAUUAACUACGUGAAAUCAAUAUAUCUCCAUAAAAAUAAGGAGAUCUUUAAGGUUUCCGAGCUCCCUCUGAAAGAGUUUGCAGUCUCUUUGGGUCUUCCUGGUGCUCCCAAGGUCAAAUUCAUCAAGGCUUCGACUUCCAGCUCAAAGCCAAAACCCGCAGCCUCUACCAAACACGUUAAAUUUGACCAUCACUCUGCCAGUGAUGGCAACAACUCCGACGAGGAUAGCAGCUUAUCUUCGGACCCACCAGAAGACGAGGAUAAGGCAGUCGCAGAGCCGAGGGACGAUAAUGCUGAAGAUGCAACACCAGAAAACGGCAACUCUGCCGCUAAGCCUACCGUCCGUACCAGAUACGAUCGAAUGUUCCAGCGGAAAAACACAGACGUUCUAUCGGAGCAUUAUAAUAAGCUGAUCGAACACGAAGACGACGAAGAGGACGACCUCCUUGGCGGAGGCCAUGCCCCGGAAGACUUCAUCACACUGAAACGUGUUGAUCAUGAAUUGCCAAAGGACCUUGAAAUGGACAGGGUGAUCCUCGAAACGGAGAAUAUGUCGAAACGAAAGCAGAGACGGCUGGAUUCGAAGAAGGCUUUGGCAAAGCUGGCUCCUAAAUUUGCCAAGAAGAUGAUUUUCGAUGAGGAGGGUGUGGGCCAUAACGUCCACACUUACGAGGACGACGAAAACUUCCGGAAGAGUGAUGUUAAAGCGGCUGUUCAAAAGUACGCGGAUGUGAAAAGGAAACAAGUUCAAGAAGCAGAUGCUGGUGACAAGCAGAUUGCCAAAGAAAAGAAACGGGAAAAGAAGCGGAAACGAAAAGAUAAGGAACGGGCGGAACAAGACGACAUACAGGUUGUUCUGGGAACAGAACGGAAUGAAGACGAUGGAUAUGUAUCGCCUGAAUUCGAUCUUCCCAGUGCCUCCGAAGAUGAAGGCCCACCUUCUAAGCGUCCUAAAAACACUGAGGCUUCAAUACCUGAAGACUCGUCGAAACGGGACGCAUCCUGGUUUGACGCAGACGAGCAACUUGCUCUCCAACUGCUUGAGGGAGGGAGUUGACGCUCGUUGCAAUGCAUUGUAUGACUUAUUUUUGUGUAUGUUUCAAAAAUUGCAUCCCACCAUUACAGCUACAAAUUGUCUUCCGUGGGGGGAAUUCUUGAUACAUUGUAUGUAGUAUCAAGUGAAUUUAUUCUUCGGAGG